AUGUCCCAUAAAGAGGACUCGGUCUUCCUCAACACUCCGUACGACUGGAUCAACUGGCAGAGCAACUUCGAGGCGAAAGCCAUCGACCGGGAGCUCUGGGAAUGGAUCGACGGCAAGAAGGAUCUCAUGAAGAGGCCCGAGAGGUUCGAAUAUACGAUCUACCAGUCAGACCUCCGCCUGUUCGAGCAGCAACAGGAAGGCAUUCGAGACCUACGCAGCUGGGUCGCCAAGACUAUAUGCAAGACAUACCACAGAACAUGCUGCAAGGCGAACCAGUCCAUAAAGCAGUGGUACGAGCUUCUUAACAUUCAUGCAAAAGGGUCCGAGAAGGAGGUGAGGAGAACCCUUCACCAGAAGUACGAGAAGGCUAUUACCCCGACCGUAAAGCCGCCUCGCAACUGGACCAAUUGGUCCGACAUAUGGAUUAAAGCUAUUAACGAGGGACUCGAGGGAGGACUCCCCGAGGCUCUUAACGAGGAAAUCUGGCUACGAGACUUCCUUAGGGUCGUCAGACCACAUUUCCCCCAUUGGGUCGACACGAUUACCAUCACGAAUCCCCAAGACCAACCUAACUUUACAAUCCACACGCUAAAGGAUCUCUUCCUCGCGUACAUUUACAACAAUUCGGGCCCCUCUAUCAUUAAACGAGGAGCUUUUGGCCCGACCUUCAACGCCCGUGGAAACCACCAGCGAGGAAGGGGUGGCAAGAGGCCCAGAUCGAAGACCACAGACGACAAGGGAGAAAAAUACUGUCGUUUGUGCGAACAGCCCGGCCACCGCCUUGACUUUUGCUGGGGGAUCUUCCCGGAUAGAGCUGCCGAGUGGUGGAAGCCCUCGGACACAAUCAAGGAAAACCUCAAAGACGAGUGCAUCGCAGAAGAGUGCUCUCUAGCUUCUUUCUUCAUCGCUCGAGCAGACACAAAGGCAGUCUUUGCCGUUGAUGACUACCCUCUAUGCCACUCCGCCCUGCUUGACUCCGGGUCUACCAUCGACAUCUUUAACGAAAUUUCUCGCUUUACCCGCUUUAGAAGAGCAACCCCUGGAGACUUCCUUUGGGCAGGAGAAAGCAAGGUGCCAAUCCAAGGCUAUGGCGACGUGGAUGUGGAAGUCGAGGGCCCUAGAGGACCUCGCUUGCUACGUUUAACCGACGCCGCCUACUGUGAAAACUUUGCCUGCAACCUCAUCUCCUACAAACACCUAAAAAUGCAGGGCAUUUGGUGGGACGAAUCUCCCGGCCAGCGAUCAUGCCUUCGAACAGCCGAUAGACGCAUCCUCGCCUUCGUCCGAGAAGAGCAUGGGUCCAUCACCAAACGCCACCCACAGACCGCGACCGCAGAGCUCUGGCAUCUCCGCCUUGGGCAUCCAGGUCCAAGAACCCUGGAGCACCUUGUCAACUGCUCAAGAGGCGUCCGCAUCAAAGGCAUCACCACCACAGGAUGUGAUGACUGCGGCACGGCCAAAUUGAAACGACAAAUUCGAAGGGAGCCACGAGAAACGCCGCCACCAGGCGAGCGUCUGGCAGUCGACUUCCACGAUCUCGAGCCUGAUCAACAAGACUACAAUUCGAUGAUGUUGAUCACUGACAGGGCUACAGGCUUCGCUUGGGACUACUACCUUCAAGACCGCAGAGCAGAGACGAUCAACGCCUCUUUAGGCCAUGCCAUUGAUUACCUCCGACACCAAUAUGGGUUCUCCGUUAAGGUGAUUGAGUGUGAUAAUGAGCUAACCUCCCAGAAGCCGGCAGUCACAAACUUCCUCUUGCAGAAGCUUCUUAAGGUCGAGCCCUCAGCUCCCUACACGCAAGCGCAGAACGGAGGGGCCGAGCGCUCGGGGGGUGUGAUCAAAGACAAAGCCCGCGCGAUGAGAGGAGAAUUGCCUACUCAAUUGUGGAGAGAGAUCUACAGAGCCGCAGUCUACCUCAACAACCGCACGCCAAAAAGCGGCCAGAAAUGGAAAUCUCCCUACGAGAACGUCACAGGCAAGAAGCCUCCGCUGGAGCAUCUCCGCGCGUAUGGCUGCAAGGCCUUCGCGAUGACUACAACCGCCCAAAAGAAAGCAGAGCGCUUGAAGAAGCUCAACCCACGAGCCUGGAUAGGCUAUCUAGUCGGCUAUACGUCUUCGAACGUGUACAGAGUCUGGGUUCCCACAGAGAACAAGGUGAUCUCGACGAGAGACGUGAUGUUCGAUGAAAGGCAGCUGUUUGAUGGAACAUUCCAGACGCUAGCCCAAGAUGUCAAAGACGCAGACCUCGGAGAGCUCGCAGAAGCCCUAAGACAAAUCACCCUGCCCGAAGAAGAAGAGAUUCCUUCGCUCACAUCCACACAGGCCCCAGACGAGCCGCUCUUCGAGCUCAACGACGAUGCCAACGACGAGCAGGUGCAAGAGCUUGAAAGAAAGCCAGCCAGCGGGAAGAGUGAUGGACAAUACACAACAGCAUGCUUCGAGCUGCUGCCAACGCCGCCACAGACUCCCCCGGUCGCCCUGCUCGCGGCGUCGAUCCAACAAGCCAGCCACGUGUGGAACAAGCCUUUAUCGCGAGAUCCUGGAAACGGACUCGUUGAUUCAAGCACUGAGCCGCCUUCUAGCACUGCGUUCACGCAGGAGCCGCCUUCUAGCACUGCGUUCGCGCAGGAGCCGCCCUCUCGAGGUCUUGGAAAUAGUCUCGAAGAGGUAUGGACCGUGGCGUUAGCCCGGGAACCGCCCUGGACCGAGGCUUCGGCCCGGGAACCGCUUGGCACUGCUAUCACGCAGGAGUCGCCUUCGCGAGACCCUGAAAAUGGGCUCGACGAUUCAAGCACUGCGUUCACGCAGGAGCCGCCUUCAAGCACUGUGAUCAGAGACCUGACACAGGAGCCGCAAAACGCCGCGUUUGGAAUCCCCACCAGACACCGUGUGCCCUCACAAGGCCUCGGAACACAAACCGCCUCCCAGGCAACUCCUACGAGAGCAGCUCCCAUGAGAGAGCCCUGGGCUUCCGCCUUUAUGGCAGGAACAAUCGCAAGCCCGAUGCUGAAAAGCUCAGACCUGCCGCCACCUCCAAAGGCGCAUCACAACUUGAGAGACCACACGUUCCGUUGGCUAUUCGAGGAAGCAGAGAGGGACCACCUGGCGAGUCAUAAGCAAAUGAACUCAUGGGCAGAAAUGUCCUUUGGCAAUGUGCCCCAGGGUGCCCAAGUGCUGGACUGCAUGUGGGUUUACAUCUACAAGUUCGAUAAGCACGGUAGGCUCCUCAAAUGCAAAGCAAGACUCGUGGUACGAGGUGAUCAACAGCUCCGAAAUGGGCAAGACACCUACGCAGCCACCCUCGCUGGAAGAAGCUUCAGAACGCUGAUGACAAUCGCGGCACGCUUCGACCUCGAGCUGAUUCAAUACGACGCGGUCAACGCGUUCGUCAAUGCUAAACUUGAUGACCAGGUGUUCAUGAAAAUGCCACCGGGGCAUAAGAAGCGCGGCAUCGUCCUGCAACUACAAAAAGCUCUCUACGGGUUAAGAAAGUCUCCUCUACUGUGGCACCGCGAGUUAACAAGCACACUCACGAAACUUGGCUUCAGGCGGGUCCCACACGAGCCUUGCUGCCUUACCCUCAACGGCAUCUUUGUCUUUUUCUACGUGGAUGACAUCGUAUUUGCCUUCCAGAAGGAAAACACCUCUAGGGCGCAAGCCCUAGCCGCACAGCUAGAAACAAGAUACAAGCUGACAGGUGGCAACGAGCUGCAAUGGUUCCUUGGCAUUGAAAUUAUCCGAGACCGGAAAAAGGGACUCAUUUGGCUGUCUCAAGCUUCCUACAUCGAGAAGAUCGCCCACCUUGCGACUAGCAGGCGAGUAUUCAAGACCCCAAUGGGCCCAGAGGAGCUCCUCAAAUACAACAAGAUCGCCACCUACGCUGAGAUCAACAGCUACCUGGUGAAGGUGGGAUCCGUGCUAUACUCAGCCGUCAUCACGCGGCCAGACAUUGCGUUUAUAGCUUCAAAGCUCGCUCAAUUCAACGUCAACCCUGGCCCGCUCCACCACAGAGCAGCAGAUCGAGCCAUCAUGUACCUGCUAGAGACCAAGAACCUGGCUCUUUGCCUGGGGGGUGGCAACGACUUCGAGGUGGCGAGUGAUGCUUCCUUUGCUGACAAUACCGCAGACCGCAAAAGUUCUCAAGCCUAUGCGAUGAAGCUCUUUGGAGGCCUCAUCGGAUGGCGAGCGAACAAGCAAGACACUGUCACCACUUCCACCACGGAAGCCGAGCUUCUUGCUCUGUCACAAGCCGCAAAAGAGUCGAUCUACGUGAGCCGGCUUAUCGAAGAGCUCCAGGUCUCCCUCGACGCCUCGAGCAUACAAAUCCAGUGUGACAACGUCCAGACCAUACGCCUCGUCACCGCCGAGAUCGCCGCGCUACAAACACGCCUUCGUCACGUCGACAUUCAUAACCAUUGGCUUCGCCAAGAGGUGUCGAACGGCACGAUCGACGUACUAUACACACCGAGCGCAGAGCUGAUGGCGGAUGGCCUCACCAAGGCGCUUCAAGGCGACAGAUUCGACGCAUUUGUGGUCCAAAUCGGUCUAGAGGACAUCACCGAGCAAUUCAAAGCGCGAGUCCUACCCGAAGCCGACGAAGCCGAGCUCCAAGAGCAACUACACGCACGAUGGGAUGAGGAUGACGCAGAACAAGAGGCGAAAUCAACCCAAAUUCGGGCUGAAGAGCCCUCGAUUUGA